UUAAAAGUGAUGGAAUUAUCCCGAAGAAACGCUUAAAGAGUAUUCGGAAAGCUGAUGCCAUGACAGAAGAUGUAGAGGGUGAGUGCUCUUUGCUCAGCACUCAUCAGCAAAUUGCAGUGGAAUCACCAGAGCAGUCUGAUGUUCGUAUUCCCGUUUCACAGCCAGCAUCCACUGUAUAUAUAAAUCCUAAUAUGACGAUAGAAAAUUCCUGUGUGUAUACUGCUGCGAUACCAGCUGAUCUUGCAGGAUCCUUUUCUGCAGGUACUGUUUUUCAAAUAAUGCCAAAUUCUGCAAUUUUAACAGUUUCUGCAAUGAAAAAAGUACCAAAUACUGAUACAAGUAAUGCUACAAUAAUCUUCAAAGAUUCUUCAGCAUCUGCAGAAUCUAUAAAUGCUCAAAAUUCAUUAUCAGUGCCUAAUUUAUUAGUGGAAUCGGUUGAAAAUGCUCAGUCUCAAAGUGCUGAAGUUCCUGUGGGUUCUGAAGGCAAUAUUUCAGAUAUUGACCUCAGUUUUUUGAAUGAAACAGAAGAGUCUGUUACCAUUCCUGAUUCUAAAAGUCUGAAUGAAAAUGCUGUCAAAGAAUUUCAAGGAUUGAUUCCAGAAGUCUCAUCUCAUUCUCUAGAUAUCCUCCAAAGUAAUCUUAAUAAUAUUUCUGCUGCAAGUAAAGACCAGUUCACUGCAGAACCAGAAAAUACUCCAAGUGAUGUUGUGAUGAUUGAUGUUAGUAAACCUAUCCAACUUUCCCAAAAUUCUUUGAUUAUGGUAAAUGGUCAGAAAUGCGUUCUGCAGCAUGAUGCACAGACCGGCCAAGUUGUUGCUUAUCCUGUUAGAGAACAAGAAAAACCACGUCGCAGAAGAGGAAGGCCUCGGAAAGCUUCAGUAGAGAAAAUUACAAAAGAAACUCCACCUCCUCCUGAGCCAGCUGAAUCUAUGGAAUUUGAAACUGUUUCUGAAGAAGAAAAAGAAAAAGGCUUGCUUGAAGUAGUGACUGAUGAUGGAGCUUUAGUUCGUCGAAGUUCAAGGAAAAGAAAGUUAGCUAAAGUUUUGAAAGAUUAUGAAACUGGAAAUCUAAAGCAAGAACUUGGUAGUGAUGUUGAUGAUACUGAUAUUACUGAACGUGACUCAGAGGCUAAUUCCAGAAAAAGGAAAGGAAAAGCUAUUGCAAGACCAAAGAAAUAUGUUCUACCACAGUCUGUGAGUUCAACUGGGUCUUUUAAUAAUGGUUCAAAACGUCAAAGGGGAAGGCCAAGAAAAACUAUAGUUGAAAGUGAACCAACGCAAGCUUUUUUGGUACAGACUGCUGAUGGCCAAACUCUAAUGAUGCAAGUGCCUUUAUCUAGUAUUCCAGCUGGUGUGACUCUACAGGAAAUGGCUCAAACUAUUGCCAACAGAUUAAAUCUAGGUCUUAACCAGGUAAAUAAUGAUUCUGUUACUGAAGUAAAAGGUGAUGAAUCAUCAAAAGAAAAUGAAGCUUUCUCGCUUGGGAAAAAUCUCAGUGAAAAUAAUUCUGAAACAAGCACUGUGGAUUCUGCCGAGCCAGCUGUCCAAGAUCAUUCAAUAGGAAGCACUACAAAUUUCCCUAUGACAGAGCAACUGGAAAAUAUGGAAACCCAUUCUGAAGCUGAUGUAGAUAAUUCUUGUGAAGAUAUCAUAUCAAAUAUGGAUCAUAUUAUUGUAGAUCCUGUUUCUGAGUCAGAAGUUAGUGAAGUUAUUUUAGAAAAUGAUGAUUGUGUUAAAGAUAUGAAUGUUAAAAGUGAUUCUGUUCUGCCUGAUGUUAUUUUAUCCACCCACCCUCAAUAUAAUGGAAUUGAUGUGCCAGAAUGCUCACAGGAAAACUUCUGCAUGAAUAUUCCUUCAACAAAUUCAUCUUCUGUUGACAGUUCUUCCAUGAUCUGCAGUCUUUCUGAUAGUUUAAAUGAUCGUUAUUGUGUUACUAAAACUGAUGAAGCAGUGCUUAAUGAUAAUUUUAAUAAUGUUCAAGGCCUAGAAAAUUCUAGAAUUCCCAAAGACUUCUUUAUCAAUAGUGACUUUAUGAAAGAUAAAAAUAUACAAUUAUUGUUGCAGAAUGUAACCACAACCACAGAAUCAUCAAUAUCUGACUGUACAAGUACAAAUGCUACUGUAACAGAUGGCAAAAGCUGUAAACCUUCUGAAUUACCUGAAGAUCUCUUAGGCUCAAAUGUCAGUUUAAAAGACUUUAAUGUACAUUAUGAAGCUAUGAUUGGGAGAAAGAGUGAUAGUAAUAAAAAUUAUAUUAUUCAACAAGUACCUGAUCAAGAAAAUUUAAAAGGAAAUAGUGACAAAUCUAAUGCAUUUAGGUGCACUAUGACUAGCUCAAAUAAUACUUCCGGUAAAAUAUCCUUAAAAGCUCAUUUAGUCAUAAAUAGUUCAGUUAGUAAUGAUUUUACUCAGAGUAAGCAAUUUUUACAUGACUCUGAUAAUUGUAAAUUAACUAAUGUAAAUGAAAACUCUAAUUCAGGACUCAUUCAGUCAGGAAUUCUUGCAGAUAAUGUUUCAAGCUUUCAAGCUAUUUUACCAAUAGAAAAAAUCUCGCCAGUACUGGAACCUUCCACUUCUGAAGAAAGUCUGACCUCGACAACAACAACUACUGUCAUUCCUGUCUCAACUGACCAGAAAACUAGACCAGAAAAAAUUCUUCCCGUACUUCUACCAGCUCAAGAAAUAACCGGCUCGAAAAAGUGCAGAGUAUGCCAAAUGCCAUACUUGACAGAUGAAGAAAUUAUUCAGCAUUUCAAGGCUAACCAUCCAAGAUGUAUCUGUAAAGAAUGUAAUUACAUGGCAGAACAACCCUAUGUGAUAAAGAGGCAUUCUUACAGACAUAAUAACAGUGGCUGUUUUUGUAAAAUAUGUGGAAAAAAAUAUAAGGAUCAUUACAUUUUAAAAAUGCACAUAAAAAUGGUACAUUUGCCUGCUGAAGUUUUAUAUUCCUGCAAUAUAUGUGAUAAAAAGUUUACAAGGAAGGCACAUUUGAAGCGGCAUCUAAGAAUUCAUGAACCUGAUAAACCAUAUAAGUGCCUUUACUGUGAUUAUAGGGGCUGCGAGAAGUCUGAUAUAACAAAGCAUCUUCUAAUUCAUGAUGCUCCCAAACACAAAUGUGAUCUGUGUGACAAAUCAUUUCGUCACAUAAAAAAUAAAGAAUUGCAUUUAAAAAGGCAUUUAAAACAGCGGGAUUACAAGUGUGGUGUUUGUGAUUUUUAUGGUUACACCUUUACGGAUAUAAGAAAACAUAUUGAGCGUCGCCAUACAGAUCAGAAGCUUUCUACUUGUUCAGACUGUGGCCAGGCAUAUAAAAAUCUAGAGCAACUUAAGGAACACAAGAAGAAUGGCCAGUGUCAUACAUACCUGUUAGCGCAGGAAUUAACAAAAGGGGAUGAAAGUAUUUCAAUCGAAGUUAAUAAGGAAACUGCUUUGUUGGAAGAAAUGCCACUCGAGAUAAUAUCGGAUUUUUAUACCAACAAUCCCAAAACCAGCAUCACACAACUAUG